UUACCAAUUACUUUUUCAUGACUAUUUUAAAUAAUUUUCAUCAGAUGUGUUAUGUAAUUACAAAAUAAUAAUUUUUUCAAUUUUUUAUUUUUUUUUAAAAAGAAAAAUAUUACUUAUAUUUCUUCCAUUCAUAAAUGAAUAAUAUAGUUACGGUAUGGUAUAUUUUCUCAUUUUUCUCUAUUUCCUUCAAUUCCGUUUCUCUAACUUUCGAAUAAAUGAUUAAAACCCGAGAGAUUAAACUAAAAUGAAGAAAUUUUUAAUAAAUGAUAUUUAUGCGUAAGAGAAAAUACAUUUAUUAAGCCUUAUUUUUACUAGCAGUUUAUGCAUGAGGUGAGAGAUGACUAGAAUAUUAGUUGAGUCAUUAUUGCAUAUCAUUCAUAUUAAUUAGGAAUGGAAAAGAGAGAUUGACCGAAUUAGGAAACAGUCUCACAGAUAUUUAUCACAUUUCCCAAUAGUUAUUUUAUUACAGUAAAAAAAAAGCUGCAUGUAGGACAUAAUCUUAGUAGAUGGAAGAGGAGUGGAGUGGAGAUAUAGAGGGACCGAUUUAGACAGUUACACAAACAUACAUGUAUAAUAAGGGGGGAUAGGAGAAAGAGAGAGAUAAACAUCUAUAUGUCUAUAUAUAUAUAUACUCAGAUAGAGAGAGAGAGAGAGAAAGCGAUAGAUGGAUAGAUAUAGAGAUAGAUAGAAAAACAGUAAGAAAAGGAGAGAAGGAAGGGAAAAAAGUUUGUUUUCAUUUUUUUCUUGCAUGCUUUUUUUUCUUUAGCAUAUUAUUUUAAUGAUUUUGUCCAUCAGCAGAACUAAGAGAACACUAGAGUAGGUUGGAUAGAAAACAUUAAAUAUCAUUAAAUAGAUGUAUAAAACACUGCAACUAUAACGAUAAUAAUAGUAACAGUAUAUAGAAAUUGUUUGCUUUCAAGUUUUGGUAUAUUUAGAUAUAAAUUUUGAAAAAAAUUACAUAAGUAAUUUUAUUAUUAUAGAUAAUAAUUGUAGAAACUGGUAGUAUAUAAAGACUUAAAGAAAGAAAAGUAAGGUGUAUAUUGUAAAAAAGACGUCAAAUAAAAAUCGUGACUACUAGCGACUUAAAUAUAUAAAUUUUCCAGUAGCCAACGCCACUCGGCAGCUUCUCGUUAUGUUAGAUAAGCUAACGAAUUCCUGUUUUACCCAUACUCUUACUGACAAUAAAAACUAUAGUUCUGUUCCGGAUUCGGAAGGAUACUUAACAAGUGGAUUUAAUUCGGUUGAGAAUUAUGAAAUUACAAAGCAUAUACUUAAGAUCUAUGUUACACCAGUUAUAUGCUUCGUAGGAAUAAUUGGUAAUGUAUUAAACCUGUUAGUGUUAACAAGGAGGCGGAUGCAGACAGGCAUUGACUCGAUGAAGAAAUCCGCUCAUUUGGGAUUAAUUGCCCUAGCUGUUGCAGAUCUUCUCUAUUGUACAUUCUUAAUAAUCCUUACCUUUACGGAUUCUAAUCUAGUAAUAUAUGGUUCUUUUUCAAUAUUUCUGUUUUCUAAAAUGUUUGGAAUGGCAAUUAAGAAUAUUUUGAGCAUGUUUUCAACUUACAUAACUGUCAUGAUUGCUGUUGGAAGGUAUGCGGCAAUUUGCUACCCUUUACACGCUAAGCAGUUUGUCAAUGUAACUGCAACUAGAAUGUUUAUUUUGGCCUGUUUCUUAUUAUCAGUCAUAAUUUUUACACCGAAUUUUUGGCUUUUCCGAUUACACACCUACUCUUGUUAUGGGGAACAUGGAAUAGAAUAUAGAUAUUCUUUGGAUACAGGUUUCUUAUCAGAGAGGCCAGUAGCUAAGAAAUCAAUUGAUUCAAUUCAAUUAAUAAUCAAUUUCAUAAUUCCUUUUAUCAUUCUCUCAUUCUGUAACUUUAAGUUAAUAAUGGCUCUAAAAGCGUCAUGGAAAUUUCGACAGGCUCAAAGCGUUCCCGUUAGUCAGAAUCAAUCGAAGCCAAUUACACCUACACUUAUUGCAACUAUAUUCUUAUUUUUAUUAUUAUCGUCACCCUCUGAGUUCAUAAAUUUAUAUUCUAAUGUUGCAGCAAAAGAUAAAACUGAACUUGUAUUAGUUAUAUUAGAAUUUGCUAAUGUGUUGCAAACAUGUAACUUUGCCGUCAAUUUUAUUUUGUACUGUGUAGUUAACGUUCAUUUUAGAGCUACGUUGGCUGAUAGUUUAAGAAGAAAGCGUGGUUAUAAUGAGAUAGAGGGACAAAGAUUACAAAAUAUGACAACAACAACAAACGUUAAUAUGUCAACCAAAGCGGUGCCAUGUGCAUAGUUCAAAGAAAACUGUUUAGUCUUAUCUUGCUAUAGUUGUGUAUAUACAGUCUAUAUAUAUAUAUAUAUAUAUAUAUAUAUAUAUAUAUAAACUAUGUAAUGUACUAUCUUUUAUAAAGCUAUAAAAGAGACCUUUGAAAUUAAAUGGGAUUGUAUAUUUCACUGGUAUAAUGAUAUUUGUUGUGUCAGAAUCAAACAGAAAAUUAGUGACAACAUGCAAUCAUACUUAUGUUUUCAUACCCUUUGUUUCUAUACAAAAAGUGUAAAGGCAUUUCAAUUUUAAAUAAAUCCUCAGCAAUUGUAUGUAAAUAUAUUAGUGUUAUACUGUAUAUACAGCAUAUAUUUAUAUUGUAAAGAAAAACAGAAAAAAGGAUCGGUGUAUAGUAAAUUUCAAAACGAAAAAAGAAUAACAUUUUUAGCAUUCAUAGGCUAAAUAUGAUUUGUAUUAUUCGAUUUGGCUGAUUUGCUUGAUUUAUUUAGGAAAAAAGUGACACUUAUAGACGAGGUAUUUACAAUUCCUAUCUUUAAGACAGCUGUAUAUAUAUAUACUCUAUAUAUAUAUCUUUAUGAUAUCAUUUGGUAUAUUUACUCCUUUUCACCAUGUAUCAAUCUGAUGUUUGUAUUUGUAAACAAUCU